AUGGAACACUCUGGUUCACCUCUGACCCCUGACCUCAAUGAUGCGACAGCCAAUGAGAGCCUGUGGUGGUGGGGGCUGGGGGCGCCCCUCCCUUCAGCCCCUAGCAGACAGCUGGGCACAUUGCCCAACUCCCAGACACGCUUCAAGGACCUGUCAGGGAUAUUCUUCAUGGUGACCCUGAACGUGGUGGCGCUGCUGGCUAACACAGCUGUGCUGGUGGUCGUGGUCAAAGCCCCGCACCUCAGGAAGUUUGCCUUUGUGUGCCACCUGUGUGCGGUGGACCUGCUGUGUGCCGUGCUGCUCAUGCCAUUGGGAAUUGUGUCCAGCUCGCCGUACUUCGCCAGCGUGGUGUUCACAGUGCUGGAGUGCCAGGUGUACGUCUUCCUCAACGUAUUCCUCAUCGCAGCCUCCAUCUUCACCAUCACGGCCAUCAGCGUGGAGCGUUACUACUACAUUGUCCACCCCAUGCGCUACGAGGUAAAGAUGACCCUGAAGCUGGCCACAGCCGUCAUGGUCCUGGUCUGGGUGGCCUCAGGCCUGCUGGGGCUGGCCACUGUGUUCGGCUGGCCCAGCUACGGCAGCCUGAGCUCCAUCAGCGCCGCCCACUGCUCUCUCCACUGGAGCCACAGCGGCCACCGCCGGGCCUUCUCUGUCCUCUUCACAGUGGCCUGUUUCUGCCUGCCCGCUGCAGUCAUCUUUGCUGUAUACUGUAACGUCUAUAAAGUGGCCCGCUUGGCAGCUAUACAGCAUGGACCAUUACCGUCCUUGACUGCCAGCCAUCUUAAACACCGCUCAGAUUCCAUCAGCAGCCAGACCACUAUCAUCACCACCCGCAACACCCCCAGGAGGCUCCACCAAAAAAGGCCCUUUGGUGGGGGCAAGGCUGCCUUCACCCUGGUGGUCAUUGUGGGCCAGUUCCUGCUCUGCUGGUUGCCUUACUUCGCCUUCCACCUGCACCUGACUAUCAACAACCCGCCCAAGGUCCCACCUGACCUAGAGGAGGCCGUCACCUGGCUAGCGUACUCCUCCUUUACCGUCAACCCAUUUUUUUAUGGGCUGCUGAACCGCCAGAUCAGGGAGGAGCUGUGUAAGCUGCGGCGCUGCUACUCCACCCGGCCCGUCGAGCUGGCCCUGUCCAGCGGCCACGAGGGCUCAGCCCACGAGAACUUCCUGCAGUUCCUCCAGAGAACCAGCUGUACGGUGGAGACCAGAGCCAGCUUCGCCUGCACAUCCAGUCCCAGGAACACCCUGGACCAGACAGCGCAGCAGACAGCUGACUUCAGGAUACCCGGACAGAUACCGGAGGAGUUCAAUUAA